AUGGCCAUCCCCAACACGGCCAUAGACACAGACUCCUCCAAAGGCAGCCCCGUCGCCGACUUCGCCUUUGACGAAUCCCUCGUCGAGUUUUCCGUCCCGAAAGCCGACUGGCUGCGGAUCAACAACAAGGCCUUUGACGGCAUCCUCACGUCGGCCUUCAUCUUCGACGGCCAAGGGCGCGUGCUGCUCGUGCAGCGGGCGGCGACGGACAGCAUGCCGAACCUGUGGGAGGCGCCCGGCGGGGCGGUGGACGCGGGGGACGCGUCGAUCCUGGCGGGCUGCGCGCGGGAGGUCCGGGAGGAGGCUGGGCUUGUUGCGCGGCGGAUGGUGAGGCUGGUGACGGAGGGCUUGCCGGGGAGGACAGAGGGGUGGUCUGUGUUUACGAAUAGGGAUGGGACGAAGGUGAUUUGCGGGUUUGGGUUUGAGGUUGAGGUUGAACCGGGGAGGGAGGUCGUGCUUGAUGAGAGGGAGCAUCAGGCGUUUGUUUGGGCGGGGGAGGAGGAUGUACGGAGGGGGGAGGUUGAGGGGAGGAAGAUUCCGCUGACGGGGGCGAUGAUGAGGAAUAAGUUGUUGGAGGCGUUUCGGUUGAGGAGGGAGGAGAAGUGA